AUGUGCGCAGAGAUGGCGGAACAGCCUUUUAUUGUAGUUUCAGCCGUGACGCUGAGCCAGGCAGCGCGCUGCUACUCUCCGCUGAAUGCCUCACUGCAGAUCAAGUUGGAGUACACUGUUUUAAGGCCCGUUAUCAACCCUGCCUGGGCGGUGCUGUUUGAGGCGGAUAUUUCGUACAGGCGUUUUUCUGUGCCACUGUUUAAGCCUACGGCGUGCUCGGAGUGUGGAAGCCUCGUCAACGCUGCGUCCUCCUCGCUUCAGCACACACCCUCUGAUGGUGUCACGACGCUACGUCCAGGCGCAUCGUAUCGACUGGACGUGCACCUUGAAUCAAUGGCGCCGUCCGCAGUGGAGGAGAAGUAUUUGUUGCAGGUCGGUAUGCUGCGUCUCAUUCUCUUUACCGGGAACACUGAAAUAGACACCGUGAACUUCGUGGUGCAGGUAAAGAAAACUGAGGACGGGGAGCUGAUGCGCUUAAUCAUGAAUCCCAUGGUCUGA